AGCGAAGAAGCACGCGAAGCGACGUUCUUCUUCGUCGAUCGAAGAGAAAUACCGCGGCGGUUGUUGUUUUAGUGAAUGUGCGCGACCUAGACAUUGAUCCGAAGAGAAACAUGAAGAUAUCCUUCAUCUUAACCUGCACCUGGGCGAUAUUUUCAAUAAAGAAGACGCAAUCAUCGAUGGCGCCCAAUCCCUUCUACCCCCUGCGUCCGGAGGAUUUAACGGAAGGGGAAAUUAAGGAACUCCAAUAUCUGGACGAACAUUUUCACAGGUUAAAAAGAUCCGAUAAGUCAGGGUCGGGUUCGGGUUCGGGCGACAUUCUGCUGACGAUAUCGAGAGCCGUGGCCCUCGGACUGGGUCGAAAGCUCACCCAAGUGGCCAAAGGCUCGGCCGGAGCUGUGGUAGGAGCCUCCGGAGGUUUCAGCAAAGGGAGCAGCUCGGGCGAUGGAAAACAAUGGUCCUAUGAACCAUCCGAUAGCUACGGGCCGCCAUCAUAUGGUCCAUCCGAGACAACGGGUCAAAAGAUCGACGUGUGGGACUUGAAGUCGUCCAUAUUGAACACGCUCCUCCAGGCGGUCAAGGCUAUCAAGGGUGGUUUACUAGCGAUCAACGGACAGCUGAUCAAGGGCAGCGGUUACGUCGUUUCGGCCAAGGGAAAACUGAUCAGUUCUUCGGGAGACGCGGUGACGAGGCUGGGCAAGAACAUCAUAUCGAACGCGGUGCUGAUAAAACCGGAAGAAAAACAUCCGUCUUCAGACUAUGGCCCGCCCCCAUCAUACUAUGACGGUCCGCCACCAUCGUCGUCGGGAUACGCCGUCGAGAGUCACUAUCACCACGAAUCCAUUGGACAUCCCGAUGGGCAACUCCAUCAACAUUACGAGUAUCCUUACGAUUCGUUCCCCACAGCUAGACGAAGGUAGUGGUGCUAAUUAGGUAAUUUUUGUACAUACUUGGCAAUGGCGUAGCGUAGAAAAACGUGGAUCAAUUUUUAGUAUUGACAGCUCACGCAUCCGUCAUAAACGAAAAAAGGCCUCCGUCUGUUCUAAUUCUUAACGUACUACCAUAAGUAGUUUUUCUUUUUUCAAACAUUUCACGGGUUCAUAUUGUCAUGACAGUCGAAACUUUUUGAUGUAGAAGCAAAAAUUUAUCUGGCACCCUAAUAAGCUUUAUUGAAGAACCAUCAUGC